GACACAGACAGAAUCAGUAUCAGCUCCAUCCCGACUCAGAAGAACAAAAUGUGGGCUGUUUAGUACCUGCAUCCAGAUCUGCUGAUCUGGGUCAGAAGCCAGUCCUGGAUUCACUUGGUCCUUCCCAAUCCAGACACCUGAGGACGGGGCGUAGUCUUUGAAAUGAGUCUCUCUGGGGAGUGUGAGACCCAUGACAGACCUAUGGACCCUGAGAGUAAGAGGAUCCAGCUGGAGACAGCAGACACACCUGUACCCAGCCGUCUGUCGAUGAAGAGUGACGAUUCAAUGGAUCAUCCAAUUAAUUUCAGAGGAGGAACUUCUCCCACUGAUCAAACAGUCCAGCUGGAGAGAGCAGACUCACCUGUACCCAGCUGUCUGUCUAUGGAGAGUGACCGGUCAAUGGAACCACCGCUCCAUUUCAGAGAAGGAGACUUUCCUACUGAUCAAAUAGUCCAGCAGGAGAGAUCAGAGUCAGAAAAGCCCAGCAGUCAGUCUGCCCAGAGUCACCAGAUGAAUUUGUCUUCCAUUUUCAAGUUGCUUGAAGACAUGCUUAUCAAGCUGGUGCAGGACAAGCUGAAAAAGCUCCAGGGUGAGGUAAAUCAGGAUUACCCAGAAUGCUUUGAGAGUCAGCUGGAGGAUCCUAAUGUCCUGAAUGAAGUCUACAAGAUGCUGGAGAGCUGUGUCAGAGAGGGGGCUGUGAAGGUCACAGUGCACAUCCUGAGGAACAUGAACCACAAGGAUGCUGCUGACACACUGGAGAAAAAUGAAGUCCAGAGGCAAUGUCAAGAGCAGCUCAAGUGCAGUCUGAAGAAGAGGUCUGAAUGUGUAUUUGAAGGGAUUGCUAAGCAAGGCAGUCCAAAAGAUCUCAAUAAAAUCUAUACAGAACUCUACAUCACAGAGGGUGGAAGUGGAUGGGUCAGUAAUGAACAUGAGGUAAGACAGAUUGAGAAAGCAUCCAAGAAACCGCCUGCUCAAGAGACUGCAAUCAAAUGCAAUGACAUCUUCAAACCCUUACCUGGACAAGAUAAAAACAUAAGAACUGUGCUGACAAAGGGGAUCGCUGGCAUCGGAAAAACAGUCUCUGUGCAGAAGUUCAUUCUUGACUGGGCAGAAGGAAAAGCCAAUCAGGAUGUUUAUUUUAUAUUUCCUCUACCUUUCCGGGAGCUGAAUCUGAUUGAGAUUAAAGAAUACAGUCUGAUGCAAAUGAUUCACCACUUCUUCCCAGAAGUCAAACACUUGGAUCCAUUGGGUGAGUGUCAGCUUACCUUAGAUUUCAAGAACAAUGAAAUGUGGCGUGAUGUAACAGAGCCAGCAUCAGUGGACGUGCUGCUGACAAACCUCAUUAAGGGGAAUCUGCUUCCCUCUGCUCUCCUCUGGAUCACCACCCGACCAGCAGCAGCCAAUCAGAUCCCUCCUGAGUGUGUCCACCAGGUGACAGAGGUACGAGGUUUUAAUGAUCCCCAGAAGGAGGAGUAUUUCAACAAAAGAUUCCGUGAUCAGAACCUGGCCAGCAAAAUUAUCACACACAUAAAAUCAUCAAGGAGCCUCUACAUCAUGUGCCACAUACCAGUCUUCUGUUGGCUUGCAGCCACUGUUCUUGAGCAAGUGAUGGGUGAGUCAGACAGUGGAGAAAUCCCUAAGACUCUGACUCAAAUGUACACACACUUCCUGCUCAUUCAGAUGAAUAUCAAGAAUCUAAAAUAUUCUGAACAAGAGACAGAGCAACAUAAGAUGAUGGAGGUCAGCAAAGAACUCAUUCUGAACCUAGGCAAGCUGGCUUUCCACCACCUAGAGAGGGGAAAUGUAAUAUUCUAUGAAAAAGACCUGAGAGAGUUUGAUAUUGAUAUCAAUGAAGCUUCUCUGUUCUCUGGACUAUGUACAAAAAUCUUCAAAGAGGAGUUUGGGCUGUAUCAGGGGAAAGUGUACUGUUUUGUGCAUCUGAGUGUUCAGGAGUAUCUUGCUGCUCUGUAUGUGUUUCUCUCGUACAGAAACAGCAGCACAAAUAUCCUUGACAAAUCUGAGUCCUACUGCACAAAACUAAUGAGUUUACUCAUAGAAACACCUGUAGCAAUUCUGCAGAAUAUUGCAGUAGAUCAGGCCUUGCAGAGUGAGAAUGGACACCUGGACCUUUUCCUCCGCUUCCUUCUUGGCCUCUCACUGGACUCCAAUCAGACUCUCUUACAAGGCCUACUGACACAGACAGGAAGCAGCUCAGAGACCAUUGAAGAAACAGUCCAGUAUGUUAAAGAGAAGAUCAAAGAGAAUCUCUCCCCAGAGAGGACUGUCAACCUGUUCCACUGUCUGAAUGAACUGAAUGACCAUUCUCUAGUCGAGGAAAUCCAAAGUUACCUGAGCUCAGGAAGUCUUUCAAGAGAAGAGCUCUCACCUGCACAGUGGUCAGCUCUGGUCUUUGUGCUGCUAACAUCAGAAGAGGAGCUGGAUGUGUUUGACUUGAAGAAAUACAUCAGAUCAGAGGAAGGUCUUCUGAGGCUGCUGCCAGUGGUGAAGGCCUCUAGAACAGCUCUGCUGAACAGCUGUAACCUCAGUAAGGAAUGCUGUGAAGCGCUGGCCUCAGCUAUCAGCUCAAACUCCUCCAGUCUGAGAGAGCUGGACCUGAGUGACAAUGACCUGCAGGAUUCAGGAGUGGAGCUGCUCUCUGCUGGACUGGGGAAUCCACACUGUAAACUGGAGACACUGAGGCUGAACAGGUGUAACCUCAGUAAGCAGUGCUGUGAAGCGCUGGCCUCAGCUAUCAGCUCAAACUCCUCCAGUCUGAGAGAGCUGGACCUGAGUGACAAUGACCUGCAGGAUUCAGGAGUGGAGCUGAUCUCUGCUGGACUGGGGAAUCCACACUGUAAACUGGAGACACUGAGAAUGUCAGGCUGUCGAGUCACAGAGAGAGGCUGUGUUUCUCUGGCUUCAGCUCUGCGUUCAAACCCUUCAUACCUGAGAGAGCUGGAUCUGAGCUACAAUCACCCAGGAGACUCAGGACUGAGAGCGCUCUCUGCUGCACUGGAGGACCCCAACUGUAAAUUGGAAAAACUCAGUGUGGACCGUGUUGGAGAAAGCAGUAGCAAGCAAAGAUUGCUGAAACAUGCCUGCCAGCUCACACUGGAUCCCAACACAGCACACAGAAACCUGUCUCUGUCUGAGGAGAACAGGAAGGUGACAUUGGGGAGAGAGGAGCAUCCUUAUCCUGAUCAUCCAGAGAGAUUUGAUCACUGGCCCCAAGUGCUGUGCAGAGAGGGUCUGUCUGGGCGCUGUUACUGGGAGGCUGAGUGGAGUGGGAGACCUGUUUCUAUAGGAGCUGUAUAUAAAGGAGUCAGCAGGAAAGGAAAGAACAGUCACCUUGGACAUAAUGAUAAGUCCUGGUGUUUGUACAUUGACCAUAUGAAUUACACUGUCCAGCACAAUAAACACAAAACUCCCAUACUUUCUCCUGACUCCCCCUCCUGCAGAGUAGGAGUGUAUCUGGACUGGCCGGCCGGCACUCUGUCCUUCUACAGCGUCUCCUCUGACACACUGACCCUCCUGCACACAUUCCACACCACCUUCACUGAGCCCCUCUAUCCUGGGUUUUGGGUUGGGUGUGUCUCCUCCGUGUCCCUGUGCCAGCUGGACUAGACUUCUGUGUCCUGGUAGAUCACCUGUCUCCUAAAUAGUCACAUUCCUGAUCUGGCUGUACUGUAUUGAUGAUCCAUGUAAACCUGUGAGAAAACAUCCUAAAUAAUGUAAAUAAAACCUAAAUAUGUAUGUUUUACCACUUCUAAGACAACCAAGAUGCCAUUAUUCACUGGUGUUACUGUGAAUAAGACUUUGCACACACGCACGCACGCACGGGCACAUACGCACACACACGCGCACACACACACACACACUCUGAAACCCCAGGAAGCCUGUCCCUCUCUUUGGUAGUUGCACAACGUGAUCGAGUCCUCUGUCUC